AAAGCCUAUGAAGAAGCUGUUGAUGAACUACCCGAAGAACCUAAACAAGAAGAAGCUCCACAGCCUGUGAUGUGGGAACGUGGCAAUAAGAAGAAGCAAGAAACGGUCGCUCCUGUCGAAGUAACUGAAGUCACAGAAGAGGAGAAGGUUGUUGAAGAAACUAAGGUCGAAGAAGUAAAGAGGAAGAAGUCCGUACCCAUGGUAAUUCAGAAGGAAGAGAAAAUAGAGCAGGUGCAGUUGAAACCAACUCCCAGACCUAAACCCAAGGAACAACCCAAAAAGGAAGAGAUUCAACUUAAACCGGUUAAACGCACGAAACCCGUUACAACCGAAGAAAUCCAGGAACAACCGGAGACUGCCUACGAAGAAGCUGUCGAUGAGUUGCCCGAAGAACCCAAACCGGAUCAACCGGAAGAAUUGAAACCGGUUGCCUGGGAACGAGGCAAGAAACAAAAGAAGAAGCCCAAACAAGUCAAGGAAGAAAAGGUUGUGGAACAACCCGAAGAGGCAUAUGAAGAAACCAUCGAUGAGUUGCCUGAAGAACCACAACCUCAACCCGAGCCAGAGGAAUUGAAACCUGUAGCCUGGGAGAGAGGUAAAAAGAAGAAACCACAGAAACCGAAGACGCCAGAAGUCAAGGACGAAGUCGAACAAGUGGUUGAAGAAGUCAGUGAUGUGCUUCCCGAAGAACCUCAGGUUGAGGAGAUACAGCCACAACCUGUUAUGUGGGAAAGAGGCAAGAAGAAACCCAAGAAGCCUAUAGUAGAACAACCACAACCUGAGGAGCCAAAGGUGGAAGAAGUAGUCGAAGAAGAAACACAGGUUGCCGAAGUAGAGGAAGAAGAGGUUAAGGUUGAACAGAAAACGAAAAUCGUUAAAAAGAAGAAGCCUAAGAAACCUGUUGAAGAACAACCUCAACCAGAAGAGCCGGAGGUUGAAGAAGUCGAAGAAGAAGAAACCAAAAUUGUCGAGGAAGAAGAACAAGAUGUUCAGGUUGAAGAAACCACCAAGACUGUUAAAAAGAAGAAGGUUAAGAAGCCAAAGGCUAAGAAAGAAAUCACCGAGGAGACUGAAGUUCCUGAAGACAUUCCACAGCCGGAAGAGGAAGAAGAAAUUGAAGAAGUGGUCGAAGAGGUUGUCGAAAAACCACAAGAGCCCAAACGUGUUAAGAAAAUACUACCCCAAGAACCUGAAAAGCCGGAACAAGUUCAGCUUAAACCUGUGCAAAGAAAACAACUACCCAAACCACAAGAAGAAAAAUUGGAAGAAGUCAAACUUAAACCUGCCAGAAAAUCAAUUGUCGACACCACUACUCCACAGCCCGAAGAAGUGGAAGUUUACGAACAACCUGAGGAGCAAGAAACCACCGUGGUCGAGGAGCAUGAAGAGGUCACCAAGAAACGUGUCAAGAAGAAGAAACCAAAGAAGAAGGUUGCCAAGCCGGAACAGGAGGAAGAAACUGUCGAGGAGGAAGAACAACCUCAAGAGGAAGAAGAACAGGAGGAGGAAGAAGAAAUUCCUGAAGAACCAAUCGAAGAUGUUGUUGUGCCAGAAGAAGUCAAACCUCAACCUCAGGUUGUGGCCAAACCUGUACCCCAACAAGUCGAAGAGAAAUUGGAAGAGGUUAAACUCAAGCCCGUUAGAAGGCCCAUCAAACAACUGCCCCAAGAAGAAGCCAUCGAGGAGAUACGUUUGAAGCCAGCCAAACGUUUGACACCAAAGCCCGAAGAACAGAAACUAGAAGAGGUUGAGUUACAACAUGUCGAACGAUUCGAAGAACAAGUUAUGGUCGAGGAGAAGAAGAAGGUGAAGAGGGUCAAGAAACCCAAACAUGAAGAACUUCCUGAAAUACCCGAUGCUGAACCGGUAGAAUUGGAACAAGCUGAGCACUUUGAAUUGGAAAAAGAACCCAAGGUUGAAGAACCUCAACCUCAAGUACCCUGGAAGCGUGGUGAAAAGAAGGUACCCGUUGAACAACCCAUUGAAGAGAAGCAAUGGCCAAAGGGUAAGAGACGCCCACUUCCAGAAGAGAAACCUGAGGAAGUUACUCUGAAGCCCAUACCUUCUAAGCCCAAAGAAGAACCACAAAAGCCCGCCAAGACUGUGCCAGCUCCCGAAUUUGUUCCCGAAGAAAAGCAACCUUCGGAGGAGAAGGAAUUGGAAAUUGAACCUGUUCCUGUUGUAGACGAAGUCGAGGAGGUCGACAAACCUAUUAAGGAAAAGCCCAAGAAGAAAAAGAAGCCCAAGCUGCAAAAGGCAACUCCAUCUGUGGACGAGGUUUCGGAAGAAAUUGCCGAACCAUUUGCCGAGCCCAUUGCUGAGGAAGAUCAAGUUGAGGAGGUACCCAUCGACGAGGUGAAGGAAGUGGCCGUAUCUGAAGAAAUUCUGCCCGAAGAGGAAGUUGUACCCACCGAAGAGGUACCCGGAGAGAAGCCUUCAGUGCACAAGGCCCACAAGAAACGCACAAAACGUCUUAAGGAAGUUUCCUUCGAGGAACAACCCACCUUGUUGCAGGCCACUGUCAUCGACACCGCCGAAGAAGAAAUUGUCCACGAGGAAGAAACCUCCCAGGAGAUCUCACAAAAGACAAUAAUGCUCAAUAAGAAGGCUGAAGAACCUCUGCCCAAGUUCAUUACCACAGAACAGUUAAUAGAAGUGGACGUUGAUGAGGUCAAGCGCAAUGUCGAAAUGAAGACAACCUCGAACAUUGUUAAGAAGGAGAAACGUCGUAUUGUAUUGGAUGACAGCCAACCUUUGCCUGAACUUGAACUCAUUACCCAGAAACGAGUUCAGGAAGGUCUGGAUAAGGUGGCCGACGAAGAGGUGAUCGAGGAUCAACAAUUGACCCAAAACGACGAAGAGAUCAUUACUUCGGAGGUGAUGGGUGAACGCCGAAUUGUCAAGAAGAAAAAGAAGACUGUCAAGCCGCCACGCAUUACUGAGAAGCUUAGACCACGCAUGGUGGUGCCCGAAGAACCAACAAUCUUGGAGUGUAAGGUCGAGGGCAUUCCCUUCCCCGAAAUCAAGUGGUACUUCAACGAUAUCCUUUUGUUUGCCUGCGAGAAAUACGAACUCAAUGUGGUGGAGGACGUGGCCCAGCUCAAAAUCGCCAAGGUUACUCCCAGUGAUGUGGGAAUAUACACUUGCGAAGCUAAGAAUGAGGCUGGAGUGGCCAUAACCCGCACCAAUGUUGCAUUAGAAAAAGAACAAGGCAUAGCUCCACAAUUCACAAAACCAUUGAAAAUUGAGUUCACCGAAGAGUCACCGGAUCGCCUUAAGGUCAAGGUUACAUGUCAGGUAAUCGGCAAGCCACAGCCUGAAGUCAAAUGGUAUCGCGGCGUGGAAGAGAUUGUGCCCAGUGAAACGGUACAGAUGUUCUACAACGAGCAGACUGGUGAUGUGGCUUUGGAGGUAAUGAAUCCUCCGCCCAAUGAGGCUGUUGUAUAUUCGGUACAAGCCAUGAAUCCCUUCGGUCGUGCCGUGGGCAAUGCCAAUAUCUUGAGCAAGGUGGACGAAUUGGAUAAGCCCAAGGAGUUGUUGAAGGCACCCAAGAUUACACCAAUAACUGCCAAGGUUGUACCACAUGGCGGUACUCUGUUGUACGAGGCGAAAUAUGAAGGCACGCCACGACCACAAAUCAAGUGGUUCCGCAAUGGCCGCAUAAUCGAAGAGAACGAAGAUGUUACCAUCGAAACCACGGAGACGACAACCAUUAUUAAGAUUGUCAAUAUGUCGCGUAAGCGUGCGGGUAAAUAUGAAGUAUCCGCCACAAAUGAAGUGGGCGAGGCCAAGACAUCAGGCUCCGUUGUGGUAUCGGAUCAAGCACCAGAUAAAAACAUCAGACCACCAAAGUUCAUACAACCACUGGAACCCAAGUUCUUUGCUGAAAAUGAGGUUGUCAUAAUGGAGGCUGUGGUCGAUUCCGAACCACUAUCUUCGUUCCAAUGGUUCAUCAACAACGAAGCUGUUGUCAGUUCGAAUGAGGUGCGCAUUGUCUCCAAGGAGAACAAGACGACACUCUUGAUCGAACAGUUCAAGCCGAAAUUCAAGGGCCCCUAUACAUGUCGAGCCGAGAAUGUUGGUGGUUCGGUAACCUCGACGGCCAGCGUCAAAAUGUUGGAGGAGGCACCUCACGAAGAGGUCGAAGAAUUCGAAUCACCUCGCUUUGUUGAGGAACUCAUUGAGCCCGUGGAGGUAAUGGACGGCGAACGUUUACUGCUCACCUGCAAGGUGGUGGGUAAGCCCACGCCACGCGUUGCUUGGUAUCAAAAUGGCGAAAAGGUGGUGGAGAACAAAGAGACACACAUAUCGCAAGACGCCCAAGGUGUAUGUCAAUUGGAAAUUAUCGAGGUAUUCCCGGAAAAUCAAGGCGUAUACAAAUGUGUAGCCACAAAUAAGAUUGGCGAAUCCGUAACCAAGACAACCGUUAGCAUUCAAGCAUUUGAAUAUAUCCCCGAUUCUGAAAUGACUGGCUCUGAAGAUGAUCUUCUCGAUAGGUCUAUCGAUGAAGAUAAACCACCGAAAAUUAUAAAGAAACUACCCGAAAAAAUCGAACCCAAAGAGGGUGAAUUAGCCAAGCUGGAAGUUAAAGUUGUUGGCAAGCCAAAGCCUAAAGUUAAAUGGCUGCGGGACGACGAGGAGAUAUUCGCAUCGGAAGAAUAUCAAAUCGAAAAUUUCGAAGAUGGCACCUCAGUGCUGGUUAUCAACAAUAUCUAUCCCGAUGAUGUGGGCACAAUUAGUUUUGAGGCUUACAAUCCAUUGGGUGUGGCUGUGACAACAGCAUUAAUAUCGGUCGAAGGCAUCGUUGGAUCCAAGGAUUAUCGCAAACCAGAAUGGGUGACUCAUAUGGAAGAAAUGCAAAGGGCUCUUAAAGAUACAACACAAACAUCCCAACACACACCAUCCGAACACACAGAAACACAAGAAAAAUCACAAGAACAAAUAACAGAACUUCCCGAAGAAAUACACGAAGUAGAGACAGUAUCGGAAGACGGCAAACCCCGUAAGAGGAAGAUUCGUACGCGCAUCAUUAAGAAGGUCAGAGGUGGCAAACAGGAACUGACUAAGAUUGAAACAGUCGAAGAAGACAAUAAACCGACAGAGACCACAGUUACGGUACAAGAAACCGAUGUAGAUACAACGGAGGAUCUGGUAACAGAAAUGCCUGAAGAAAUUCGUGUCGUUGAGUCAAUAUCUGAAGAUGGCAAACCUAAGAAGAAGAAGAUCCGCACUCGUGUGAUCAAGAAGGUCAAGGGUGAUAAACAAGAAGUCACCAAGAUCGAAACCGUCGAAGAAGAUGACAAACAACCCGAAACCACAGUCACUGUUGAAGAAGUUCCUGUGGAAGAGAAACCACAAGAAAUCCAGGAACUUCCUGAAGAAGUUCGCGUCGUCGAGACAGUUUCCGAAGAUGGCAAACCUAAGAAGAAGAAGAUCCGCACUCGUGUGAUCAAGAAGGUCAAGGGUGAUAAACAAGAAGUCACCAAGAUCGAAACCGUCGAAGAAGAUGACAAACAACCCGAAACCACAGUCACUGUUGAAGAAGUUCCUGUGGAAGAGAAACCACAAGAAAUCCAGGAACUUCCUGAAGAAGUUCGCGUCGUCGAGACAGUUUCCGAAGAUGGCAAACCUAAGAAGAAGAAGAUCCGCACUCGUGUGAUCAAGAAGGUCAAGGGUGAUAAACAAGAAGUCACCAAGAUCGAAACCGUCGAAGAAGAUGACAAACAACCCGAAACCACAGUCACUGUUGAAGAAGUUCCUGUGGAAGAGAAACCACAAGAAAUCCAGGAACUUCCUGAAGAAGUUCGCGUCGUCGAGACAGUUUCCGAAGAUGGCAAACCUAAGAAGAAGAAGAUCCGCACUCGUGUGAUCAAGAAGGUCAAGGGUGAUAAACAAGAAGUCACCAAGAUCGAAACCGUCGAAGAAGAUGACAAACAACCCGAAACCACAGUCACUGUUGAAGAAGUUCCUGUGGAAGAGAAACCACAAGAAAUCCAGGAACUUCCUGAAGAAGUUCGCGUCGUCGAGACAGUUUCCGAAGAUGGCAAACCUAAGAAGAAGAAGAUCCGCACUCGUGUGAUCAAGAAGGUCAAGGGUGAUAAACAAGAAGUCACCAAGAUCGAAACCGUCGAAGAAGAUGACAAACAACCCGAAACCACAGUCACUGUUGAAGAAGUUCCUGUGGAAGAGAAACCACAAGAAAUCCAGGAACUUCCUGAAGAAGUUCGUGUCGUCGAGACAGUUUCCGAAGAUGGCAAACCUAAGAAGAAGAAGAUCCGCACUCGUGUGAUCAAGAAGGUCAAGGGUGAUAAACAAGAAGUCACCAAGAUCGAAACCGUCGAAGAAGAUGACAAACAACCCGAAACCACAGUCACUGUUGAAGAAGUUCCUGUGGAAGAGAAACCACAAGAAAUCCAGGAACUUCCUGAAGAAGUUCGUGUCGUCGAGACAGUUUCCGAAGAUGGCAAACCUAAGAAGAAGAAGAUCCGCACUCGUGUGAUCAAGAAGGUCAAGGGUGAUAAACAAGAAGUCACCAAGAUCGAAACCGUCGAAGAAGAUGACAAACAACCCGAAACCACAGUCACUGUUGAAGAAGUUCCUGUGGAAGAGAAACCACAAGAAAUCCAGGAACUUCCUGAAGAAGUUCGUGUCGUCGAGACAGUUUCCGAAGAUGGCAAACCUAAGAAGAAGAAGAUCCGCACUCGUGUGAUCAAGAAGGUCAAGGGUGAUAAACAAGAAGUCACCAAGAUCGAAACCGUCGAAGAAGAUGACAAACAACCCGAAACCACAGUCACUGUUGAAGAAGUUCCUGUGGAAGAGAAACCACAAGAAAUCCAGGAACUUCCUGAAGAAGUUCGUGUCGUCGAGACAGUUUCCGAAGAUGGCAAACCUAAGAAGAAGAAGAUCCGCACUCGUGUGAUCAAGAAGGUCAAGGGUGAUAAACAAGAAGUCACCAAGAUCGAAACCGUCGAAGAAGAUGACAAACAACCCGAAACCACAGUCACUGUUGAAGAAGUUCCUGUGGAAGAGAAACCACAAGAAAUCCAGGAACUUCCUGAAGAAGUUCGUGUCGUCGAGACAGUUUCCGAAGAUGGCAAACCUAAGAAGAAGAAGAUCCGCACUCGUGUGAUCAAGAAGGUCAAGGGUGAUAAACAAGAAGUCACCAAGAUCGAAACCGUCGAAGAAGAUGACAAACAACCCGAAACCACAGUCACUGUUGAAGAAGUUCCUGUGGAAGAGAAACCACAAGAAAUCCAGGAACUUCCUGAAGAAGUUCGCGUCGUCGAGACAGUUUCCGAAGAUGGCAAACCUAAGAAGAAGAAGAUCCGCACUCGUGUGAUCAAGAAGGUCAAGGGUGAUAAACAAGAAGUCACCAAGAUCGAAACCGUCGAAGAAGAUGACAAACAACCCGAAACCACAGUCACUGUUGAAGAAGUUCCUGUGGAAGAGAAACCACAAGAAAUCCAGGAACUUCCUGAAGAAGUUCGUGUCGUCGAGACAGUUUCCGAAGAUGGCAAACCUAAGAAGAAGAAGAUCCGCACUCGUGUGAUCAAGAAGGUCAAGGGUGAUAAACAAGAAGUCACCAAGAUCGAAACCGUCGAAGAAGAUGACAAACAACCCGAAACCACAGUCACUGUUGAAGAAGUUCCUGUGGAAGAGAAACCACAAGAAAUCCAGGAACUUCCUGAAGAAGUUCGUGUCGUCGAGACAGUUUCCGAAGAUGGCAAACCUAAGAAGAAGAAGAUCCGCACUCGUGUGAUCAAGAAGGUCAAGGGUGAUAAACAAGAAGUCACCAAGAUCGAAACCGUCGAAGAAGAUGACAAACAACCCGAAACCACAGUCACUGUUGAAGAAGUUCCUGUGGAAGAGAAACCACAAGAAAUCCAGGAACUUCCUGAAGAAGUUCGUGUCGUCGAGACAGUUUCCGAAGAUGGCAAACCUAAGAAGAAGAAGAUCCGCACUCGUGUGAUCAAGAAGGUCAAGGGUGAUAAACAAGAAGUCACCAAGAUCGAAACCGUCGAAGAAGAUGACAAACAACCCGAAACCACAGUCACUGUUGAAGAAGUUCCUGUGGAAGAGAAACCACAAGAAAUCCAGGAACUUCCUGAAGAAGUUCGUGUCGUCGAGACAGUUUCCGAAGAUGGCAAACCUAAGAAGAAGAAGAUCCGCACUCGUGUGAUCAAGAAGGUCAAGGGUGAUAAACAAGAAGUCACCAAGAUCGAAACCGUCGAAGAAGAUGACAAACAACCCGAAACCACAGUCACUGUUGAAGAAGUUCCUGUGGAAGAGAAACCACAAGAAAUCCAGGAACUUCCUGAAGAAGUUCGUGUCGUUGAGACAGUUUCCGAAGAUGGCAAACCUAAGAAGAAGAAGAUCCGCACUCGUGUGAUCAAGAAGGUUAAGGGUGAUAAACAAGAAGUCACCAAGAUCGAAACCGUCGAAGAAGAUGACAAACAACCCGAAACCACAGUCACUGUUGAAGAAGUUCCUGUGGAAGAGAAACCACAAGAAAUCCAGGAACUUCCUGAAGAAGUUCGUGUCGUCGAGACAGUUUCCGAAGAUGGCAAACCUAAGAAGAAGAAGAUCCGCACUCGUGUGAUCAAGAAGGUCAAGGGUGAUAAACAAGAAGUCACCAAGAUCGAAACCGUCGAAGAAGAUGACAAACAACCCGAAACCACAGUCACUGUUGAAGAAGUUCCUGUGGAAGAGAAACCACAAGAAAUCCAGGAACUUCCUGAAGAAGUUCGUGUCGUUGAGACAGUUUCCGAAGAUGGCAAACCUAAGAAGAAGAAGAUCCGCACUCGUGUGAUCAAGAAGGUCAAGGGUGAUAAACAAGAAGUCACCAAGAUCGAAACCGUCGAAGAAGAUGACAAACAACCCGAAACCACAGUCACUGUUGAAGAAGUUCCUGUGGAAGAGAAACCACAAGAAAUCCAGGAACUUCCUGAAGAAGUUCGUGUCGUUGAGACAGUUUCCGAAGAUGGCAAACCUAAGAAGAAGAAGAUCCGCACUCGUGUGAUCAAGAAGGUCAAGGGUGAUAAACAAGAAGUCACCAAGAUCGAAACCGUCGAAGAAGAUGACAAACAACCCGAAACCACAGUCACUGUUGAAGAAGUUCCUGUGGAAGAGAAACCACAAGAAAUCCAGGAACUUCCUGAAGAAGUUCGUAUCGAAACCGUCGAAGAAGAUGACAAACAACCCGAAACCACAGUCACUGUUGAAGAGGUUGAAGUGGAAGAGAAACCACAAGAAAUCCAGGAACUUCCUGAAGAAGUUCGUGUCGUCGAGACAGUUUCCGAAGAUGGUAAACCUAAGAAGACGAAGAUCCGCACUCGUGUGAUCAAGAAGGUUAAGGGUGAUAAACAAGAAGUCACCAAGAUCGAAACCGUCGAAGAAGAUGACAAACAACCCGAAACCACAGUCACUGUUGAAGAGGUUGAAGUGGAAGAGAAACCACAAGAAAUCCAGGAACUUCCUGAAGAAGUUCGUGUCGUCGAGACAGUUUCCGAAGAUGGCAAACCUAAGAAGAAGAAGAUCCGCACUCGUGUGAUCAAGAAGGUCAAGGGUGAUAAACAAGAAGUCACCAAGAUCGAAACCGUCGAAGAAGAUGACAAACAACCCGAAACCACAGUCACUGUUGAAGAAGUUCCUGUGGAAGAGAAACCACAAGAAAUCCAGGAACUUCCUGAAGAAGUUCGUGUCGUUGAGACAGUUUCUGAAGAUGGCAAACCUAAGAAGACGAAGAUCCGCACUCGUGUGAUCAAGAAGGUUAAGGGUGAUAAACAAGAAGUCACCAAGAUCGAAACCGUCGAAGAAGAUGACAAACAACCCGAAACCACAGUCACUGUUGAAGAAGUUCCUGUGGAAGAGAAACCACAAGAAAUCCAGGAACUUCCUGAAGAAGUUCGUGUCGUCGAGACAGUUUCUGAAGAUGGCAAACCUAAAAAGACGAAGAUCCGCACUCGUGUAAUCAAGAAGGUCAAGGGUGAUAAACAAGAACUCACCAAGAUCGAAACCGUCGAAGAAGAUGACAAACAACCCGAAACCACAGUCACUGUUGAAGAAGUUCCUGUGGAAGAGAAACCACAAGAAAUCCAGGAACUUCCUGAAGAAGUUCGCGUCGUCGAAACAGUUUCCGAAGAUGGCAAACCUAAGAAGAAGAAGAUCCGCACUCGUGUGAUCAAGAAGGUCAAGGGUGAUAAACAAGAAGUCACCAAGAUCGAAACCGUCGAAGAAGAUGACAAACAACCCGAAACCACAGUCACUGUUGAAGAGGUUGAAGUGGAAGAGAAAUCACAAGAAAUCCAGGAACUUCCUGAAGAAGUUCGUGUCGUCGAGACAGUUUCCGAAGAUGGCAAACCUAAGAAGACGAAGAUCCGCACUCGUGUGAUCAAGAAGGUUAAGGGUGAUAAACAAGAAGUCACCAAGAUCGAAACCGUCGAAGAAGAUGACAAACAACCCGAAACCACAGUCACUGUUGAAGAAGUUCCUGUGGAAGAGAAACCACAAGAAAUCCAGGAACUUCCUGAAGAAGUUCGUGUCGUUGAGACAGUUUCUGAAGAUGGCAAACCUAAGAAGAAGAAGAUCCGCACUCGUGUGAUCAAGAAGGUUAAGGGUGAUAAACAAGAAGUCACCAAGAUCGAAACCGUCGAAGAAGAUGACAAACAACCCGAAACCACAGUCACUGUUGAAGAAGUUCCUGUGGAAGAUAAACCUCAAGAUAUCAAGGAACUUCCAGAAGAAGUUCGUGUGAUCAAGAAGAUAAAGGGUGACAAAAUGGAAAUUACGAAAAUAAAAACUGUUGAGGAAUAUGAAAAGGAACCGGUUACCACCGUCACUGUCGAAGAUUUUACUGGACCACUCCCAGAGUUGGAGGAAGAAAAGGUCGAACCCGUCUUGCAAUUGCCUGAGGAAACUAUUACCGAGGACUACACUGAUAAAGAUGGCACAACCAAAACUCGUAAAAUCAAAAAGAAAACUAUUAAGAAGCCGCUUGUCGACAAAGAUGAAAUAACGGAAAUUCAAAUCAUCGAAGACGAAGGAGAAGAACCGAAAUACAUUGUGACUGUAAAAGAAGUAGAAAAGGCCCAGGUUCCAGACGAUAAUGCAAUUGAAUCGUUGGAAUUGCCAAAACUAGAAACCGUUUUGGAAACCGAAACUUCUGAUGGCCAAAAGAAGAAGAAAACCGUAAAGACCAGAUCUUUCAAGAAACCCGUAGACAAUGAGACAGACGAACUGACAACAAUACAAUUUCCGAAUCCAUUCCGAUUGAAGAGCUGCCAGAAGAAAUAA